AUGUUCGGGUUUUCUCCUCUGUCGAGGAGUUUGGGCGAAGGUCAAGGACUCGCAGGGGUCAGUGUGGUGUCCCAUCCGGAGGACCUGAUGACGUCAUCACAGCGGAUCCUGGACGCCAACCAGCGGAUGAACGGCCUGAACUAUCACUCCAUCGAUGGGAUACUGGGGCACGCUCGACUCGGACAGGGCUCUUUGAAAGACAUCGAGAGCUCUUACGGUAUGUCCGACAGCCCUGGUCUACACCCCAGCUCCCUGAACACCGGGUACGUCCAUGGUAACCAUGGCAACCAUCCACACCCGCACCAUCUACAGAGCGCCAUAAGCCCAGUCCACUUCAGCAAUAAUCCUGGUGGCAACAGCCACAACAACAACAACAACAACAACAGCAACAACAGCAACAAUAAUACAGGACUUAGUAGCAGCGCUAACAGUAUCAAACAAAGGCCCCAUGGGGAGCAAGGAGUAUACUACCACUCUCUCAGCCCGAUGAGCACGUCUUUGAAAACGGUCAACUCUCUCGGCACCACGACGGGUCACGUUCAUAACACCAGCAACAACAGCAGCAGCAACAACAGCAACAUCAACAACAACAACAGCAGUUCGCACCUCAACAGCGCCUGUCAUAAUGGUACCUCAGGGCCCAAAUCGGAUAAGCAUCUAACUAACAACAACAACAAUAGUAACAGCAACAACAACAACAACAAUAAUAGUAUGAAGUUUAACAGUCCUACCAGUAAAGGUGAUACCGGCAAUAGCAAUAACAACGGUAGCAACAACAACAACAACAGCAGCAGCAACAACAACGCAGCUGAUCCUAAUCUCUCUCCGCAUCUCCAACCAAUGCUCAACAUGAGCCUGAAGACAGAAAGAGACGACGUGAAGACGGAGAUGCAGAACGUUAACUCAUCUACCCACGUCAACAACAACAACAACAACACAACAACAACAACCACUAACAACAACAGCGACAACGCAGCGGUAGAUGGAAGCGGAAAUAAAGACGGCGAUAAGAACGCCGACGACGGAGGAGAUGCAGACGGGGAGGAGGAUGGAGGGGAGGAUGGGGAGCCCAAGAGGAAGAAGAGGAGAAAUAGAACGACGUUCACGAGCUUCCAGCUAGAGGAGAUGGAGAGAGUUUUCCAGAAGACGCACUAUCCUGACGUGUAUUCCCGGGAACAGCUGGCUCUACGGUGUAGCUUGACGGAGGCCAGGGUGCAGGUGUGGUUUCAGAACCGACGAGCGAAGUGGAGGAAGAGGGAGAGGUUUGGUCAACUACACACAAUGAGAGCCAUGGCAUCCGCGGCCAACCAGGGUUAUGACAUGCCCCUGGCCCCGAGACAUGACGCUUACUCACAGCAGGCCCCGGAUUCAUCUAUGAUGUGGAUGGAGAUGUACAACCACUACGGAAACAACAUGUGGAGCCCGGUGUCCGCCAUUAAAGGAUACCACUUGUCCAUGGACGCGGCCCAGUCUCUAGGCACCAAGUGGCCCCCCGCCGUGCCCUCCAUGUACCCCACAUGGAACGACUCACAACUCCUGUACCCCCACCAGCAGCACCCCUCCCCUGACGCCUUCCACUCCGCCAACGGUCCCCCACCCCCGCGACAUGACGUCACACCUGUCUAUGGACAGGUCGGGAACUUCCAGCAAUGUUCAGCAGCCGGGCCUGGCGGGCCCUGA